AUGGUGAACUCGCAGGAGUCUGAGCAUUCCAAGCGAACGAGUGCACAGGUAGCACCUCUUACAAUACAUAAGGGUCGACCGCGCGGAAACAGCAACGCAUCAUCCUCAAAACACAAAAGAAACACUUCAUCCAGAAGUAGUAACCAAACAACGUCAACAGGAAGUCAAUCACAAAUCACGCCCCCCGCCACUCCCAAUGGUUCUCGAGAAAAUCUAAAUCAAAUGGAGCCUCCUCCGGUAUUUCACAGCUUCUUGAGGGCAUUUUACCCUUUUCAUCCUGAAUAUGCUAUUUCGGAUUCUUCGGUCACGCUUCCACUAAACGAAGGGGAUGUGGUUUUAGUGCAUUCAAUACACACCAAUGGUUGGGCAGAUGGGACACUACUCGUUUCUGGCGCGCGUGGUUGGUUGCCCACCAACUAUUGUGAAGCCUACGAUCCAGAUUCCAUGAGGAACUUAUUAAAGGCAUUGCUAAACUUUUGGGAUCUCCUACGGAGUGGUUUAACUAGUGAUAGUGAGAUAUUUGGCAACCAACAAUUCAUGCGAGGUAUUAUCGCAGGAGUCAGAUAUUUACUAGAAAAAUCGAACUGCCUUACUCGUGAAUCACCGAUUGUACAGAGCAACGAUAACCUCCGAAAGAAUAGAAAGGCUCUUUUGUCCGAUCUAUCGGCCCUGGUCAAAACCGCCAAACAAUUGCAGGAUUUUGCUACCUGUUCCUCAGUGGGAGCAGACACGGAAACUGUGAACGAUAUUAUCGAUGAGAUGAUUUUGAAAGCUUUCAAAAUUGUUGUGAGAGGUAUAAAAUUCUUGGACAAUUUGGAGGAGGAUGCGAAAUUACGACAGGCCGUCCAUAAAGUCAUGACAACCGUUACUGAGGAAUCAUAUGUUCCACCCACUCCACCAGCGGACUCGACGUCAUUUAGCGGGACACCGCAUACAGACCCUGCAUACGACACGGCAUCUCACAGAAGCUCGAUCCGAAGUUCGACGAGCGCCGCUUCCAGUUCCCUGCAAUCGGAAGAGCAGAACAAACGACAGUCACACAAACGGAUAUCGACUGCGUACCCAGCGGUAACAUCGCGUCCAUUAUCCAUUUCUUCGAUUCAGGCUAAAAGGGCUUCCGUAUCUCACCGUGUUUCACUUAUCGCCUCUGUACCCGCUGAACAACGUCAAAAUCUUGUUUCUGAGAGAUUGAACUCUAGUCACGAUACAUUUCUCUCAUAUUUGGGAUCAUUCAUCGGAAGGCUUCAUCUACAAAGCCAGUCUUCUCAAGGGUUGCUGUCGUCAGUUAGGCAGUCAGUAACUGCUGGCCAAGGUUUAUUGAUUGUAGUCGAAGCAGUAUGUGCUCACGACAGCCAGAGCGCCGACUCGUUGAACAAUGCUCGGAACGCAAUGUAUGAUAGAAUCAGUAAAUUGGCGUUGGCAGCUCGGGAUAUAAUUAGCUCAUCAGGUGUUGAAGAAGACGACGUUGUAAUGGCUCAACAAAAUGGGGGGCUACUAAUGGCGGCCACAGGAUGUGUUAAAGCUGCUGGAGAAGUAGUAGCAAAGACCAAAUUCGUGAUUGAGCGAAUUGGCGACUUCGAAUUCGAACCAGUCGAAGGUCUUGGAAUUAACGUUGCCUCGAUAGGCGGCACAAUCGAACAAGCGGCACGAAGCCCCGAAGUUAGUGCUGCCGUACCGGAACAGCCUUCAUCGCGUCCUCCUCCACCACCUCUAGUCAUUCCAGAUGUUUACGAGAAACCAUUACCAGAGAUACCCCUUAGCUCUCCGCCAGCGGCAGAAACCAAGCGAAUGUCGAAUCGACUUUCGAACACCUCCAUUCUACCCCCACUGCCAAAAAUGGGCGCUCCUCUGAUGAGCCAAGAAGAUUACAGUCCUUCCGAUCGUAACUCAACAAGCGAUGGAGAAUUUCAAUCAUACAGAUCUGGCAGUAUCGCAGUGUCUAGCACUGGAGCUAGUAGUAGUUACACACGCGAUUCGGAGAUGAGCAUGGUUUCGCAAACUUCUACUAGGGCGACUACUCCAGAUCUAACAGCUUACGAACCAAGAAGCAAGCCAUCUUUGUCAAGUAUCAGCAUAGCUGAAAGCCAAUCAACAUUCGCCGAUGAUCCAUAUGAUCUCGAAUCGAGGAUGCUUGAGAAGACGUUCGCACACGAGUUACUACACAAUAAGGAGGGUCAAAUUACCGGCGGUUCACUGGCGGCAUUGGUAGAACGACUUACUACACACGAUUCAACACCCGACUCCAUGUUUGUUUCAACCUUUUAUCUUACUUUCAGAUUGUUCGCGUCUCCCGUUGAGCUUGCCACAGCUCUGGUUGAUCGCUUUGAAUAUGUUGUCGAGAGUCCUCAUAUCGCAGGACCGGUAAGAUUAAGAGUUUACAAUGUAUUCAAGGGCUGGCUGGAAUCUCAUUGGAGAAAGGUCUCUGAUUACGCUGCGCUCUCAAUUAUCGAAACCUUCGCGAAUGAUAAGCUUAAGGCUGCUCUCCCCGCAGCUGGCAAACGACUUUCGGAGUUGGCUCAAAAGGUGUCUUCUAUGGAUGGACCUCUGGUGCCAAGGCUCGUUUCCUCAAUCGGAAAGAUUAGCACAUCUCUCGGUCAAUAUGUACCAGCCGAUGUACCAGUCCCUCCUGUCGUUGUAACAAGAAGCCAAGCCGCAGUUUUGAAGAAUUGGAAAAUGGGUGGUAGCAAUCCAUCCAUUCUCGAGUUUGAUCCACUUGAAUUGGCCCGUCAAUUGACCAUCAAGGAGAUGAAUAUAUUUUGCUCCAUUAUGCCAGAGGAACUUCUCGGGGCCGCAUGGACUAAGGCCAGAAAGGGUGGUUCAUGUGCGGUAAAUGUUAGAGCUAUGGCGACAUUGUCAACAGAUCUUUCUAACCUUGUCGCCGACACAAUCUUGCAACACGACGACGUUAAGAAGAGAGCCAUUAUCAUCAAGCAUUGGAUCAAAAUUGCGCAUGAAUGCCUCAAGCUCAACAAUUAUGAUUCGUUGAUGGCGAUCAUUUGCUCGCUUAAUUCAUCUACUAUUGUUAGAUUGAAGAAAACCUGGGACUUGGUAUCUCAAAAGCGAAAGGAAAUGCUCAAGGCGCUACAAGCAAUUGUGGAGCCAGAGAAGAAUUACGCCUGCCUUCGACGUAGACUCCAUGACCAUGUCCCUCCAUGCCUUCCAUUUGUUGGUACCUACCUCACAGAUUUGACAUUUGUCGAUGCUGGUAACCCAUCUGCAAAGCAAUUGGCUGACGGCACAUCUGUCAUUAACUUUGACAAACACACUCGCACGGCUAAAAUCAUCGGCGAACUACAACGCUUUCAGAUCCCUUAUCGCCUGGCAGAAGUUCCGGAACUUCAAGAGUGGCUUCAAGCUCAAAUUGUUCACGUCAAAUCCGCCUCGGAUAAUGAGAACGUUCAGCAAUAUUACCGAAAGUCUUUACUCCUGGAGCCACGCGAUAUCUUAGUUACGAGGCCUAGUCCUGUGGACUCGGCAGUUUCUUUCGGCUCUCUGCAUGGAAAGGAUAAAUUUGAUCUUUUUGGAUGGACUCAUUCAAAGGAUAAAUCACAAACACCUAUUUAA